UCAGACGUCUGAGAUGAACCAAAUACAGAGUCCAAAUUCUAUAUUAUUCAUUGUACAAUAGACAUUAUUAUUAUUACAUACACUGUCUGCCUUCAGAAUGCUCUAACAGCAGGCGAUAUCUUGUUUUAAACCGCAGUGUUAUGAACGCCAUUGUAUCAAGCAAUUGACGCCCACAACCAUCGAUAUGUUUCCGCGGCCCACGGGCGCUGUACCGUCACAUACCCAACAAUUUAAAAAUUCUGUACCGGAAUUUUGUGAUCGGAUAAAAGAUGAUUUUGCAUUCUUGCAAGCACAAAAUCACAGUUUAAAGCUUGAGUGUGAAAAGUUGGCAAACGAAAAAACGGAAAUGCAAAGACAUUAUGUAAUGUAUUACGAAAUGUCGUACGGACUUAACAUCGAGAUGCAUAAGCAGAGUGAGAUUGCCAAGAGAUUGAGUGCGAUAUGCGCUCAAAUCAUUCCUUUCUUAUCACAAGAGCAUCAGCAGCAAGUGGCAACAGCAGUUGAAAGAGCUAAACAAGUCACGAUGCCAGAAUUAAACCAGAUCAUUGGUCAGCAACUUCAAGUUCAAAACCAUUUAGCGCAAUCUGCCGCCGCGGCUGGUGUUGGUCUCCAUCCUGGACAAUUACCGCUUCCCGCUCACGCUGCCGCUAUUGCUGCGGCUGCCGCCGUAUCGGGGAAUCUCAUUGGCCCAAAUCACUCGUUUCCAGGCGGAAAUUUACCCACAAGUUCAGCUGCAAGUGCAGCGAGUCUUCUAGCAUUCUCAGGAUCGACUGGAUUACCGUCUACACAUCCUCUAAACAUGCUGAGAAUGCGAAACUCAAAAGAUGAACGAGGACCUGAUCAAGUCUCACAAUGGAUCGAUAGGGAAAGAGAAAGGGCCGCUGCUGCAAACCGACAGAAUAAUUCUUCACCUACUAUACCAAGCGACAAGCUCUCAAUAACGGAAAAUAGACUCGGUGCAGUCUCUCCCAAAAAGAUAAAAUCAGACAUAAUAAAGAAUUCAAUCAGCGAUGGUGAACAAAGUGAUCAGAAUGUUGUUGUAGAUGAUUUAUCAGGACCAGAUGACAACAAGAAAUCUCCCGCGAAUAACAAUCAUGAUGAAAAUUCAGAUGGAGAACGAAAGUCUCCGAGUGAAAACGUUGUAUCUUCCAGCACACAUCCUAUCACAACAGCUGCAUGUACGAGUAGUACGAGCACAAGUCCUCUCAAUUCUGCACCGACGUUCACUAACGGACCAAGUAAAUUGGGCGUCUCGUCACCUAACGGAAAUGGGAAAUCACUCAAAAAGCCAGCAAAUUCAAUACCUGGACUUUUGAACGGACCGAUUUCACUUACAAGCACCAAAGAUAGCAUGAAACCUUCAAGUCCGAAACGACGUCAAAGCUUAUCACCGAGCAGUGCAAAACAACAAAGAUUAUCAACCACAAGUCCUGGAGUAACUCCAACAAAACCAGACAUAAUUCACCCAGGAUUGCGUCCUGGUAUACCUGUGACGUCAUCUUACGGGACUUUCGGUUUUCCGGUCGGCCUACCGGAAGGAUCCGGCCCUACUGGCGCACAGAGUAAUCUAUUAGGUGGUAUUCAUCCGGCACAUCACGCAGCAUACCUUGCCGCUGCCCGACCUAUGCCGUUUGAUUCACAUUCUCAAAUUCGGCUAUCGGGUUCCGGAGUACCCGGCUCCGUUUCUUCUGGAUCACUGCACUCGUCUAAGAUAUCAUACGCUUUUCAUGUCAGUGAUGAAGGGAGGUCUCCUCAAGCGGUACAAUUCCCUCCCGAUGCCACGACAGGGCCAGGAAUUCCUCGCGGAGUACGGCAAGCCCUAAUCCUGAACCACGGAGAAGUUGUGUGUGCCGUGACUGUUAGCAAUCCUACACGACAUGUAUACACUGGAGGAAAGGGAAUCGUUAAAAUAUGGGAUAUGAAUGACUUACCACAGAAUGCGAUGAAACGGACAAGUCCUCAACCACCUAUCGUUAAACAAAAACCAAUAUCUCAGUUAGAUUGUCUGCAGCGAGAUAAUUAUAUAAGAUCAUGUAAAAUAUUACCAGAUGGUCGAACUUUAUUAGUUGGCGGAGAAGCAAGUACUUUAUCUAUAUGGGAUCUUGCUGCAGCUAAACCAUGUCGGAAAGCCGAAUUACCUUGUUCUGCACCAGCUUGCUAUGCUCUUGCUGUCAGCCCAGAUUCCAAAUUUUGUUUCAGUUGUUGCAGUGAUGGGAAUAUUGCUGUCUGGGAUUUACACAAUCAUAAACUGAUCAGACAAUUCCAAGGGCACACGGACGGUGCAUCUUGCAUCGAUAUAUCACCAGAUGGUACAAAACUGUGGACUGGAGGUUUGGAUAACACUGUACGAUCAUGGGAUCUCACGGCAGGAAAACAACUGCGACAACACACAUUCAGUUCUCAGAUUUUUUCACUGGGAUACUGCCCAUCAGGAGACUGGCUUGCUGUCGGCAUGGAGAGCAGUAUGGUUGAAGUUUUACACGAGUCAAAACCUGACAAAUAUCAAUUACAAUUACACGAAAGUUGUGUGUUGUCGCUCAAAUUUGCAAAUUCAGGGAAAUGGUUUGUUAGCACUGGAAAAGAUAAUCUAUUGAAUGCCUGGCGGACUCCAUACGGCGCAAAACUCUUCCAGACGAAAGAAUCAUCAUCAGUUCUUAGUUGUGAUAUUUCAUCUGAUGACAAAUACAUCGUCACUGGAUCAGGAGACAAGAAAGCGACCUUGUACGAAGUGCUGUGAUAGCGUAUGGUUAUUUUGGUUAUUUCUCCAUCUUCAAAUUAGCUUUUUUGGUCGUUUUAUUCGACCACUGCAUUUUUUUUUGUAUUUCGUAGUAAUGCAACAUUUUUCUGGAAUUUUGUUUUCCGUACAUCAUGAACGCUGUGCACUUUUGUUGACCGGUAUUUUUGUGUGUUAUUAUGUUUCUAUUUUUGCACACAAACUAAUCAACUGGGGAACAGAUCAUAGAAAACAGCAUAUCUCUUGUUGUAUACCACAACUUAUUGACUUUGUCAUAUAGACUUCUGCAACAUAAAACCGUAAUAAACUGUAUGGAGUUAGUUGUUGUAAUAUUCAGGCGACCACCAGAUAAAAACCGUUGAAAUGUAUUGAUUGGCCGGUUAAUUUUACAUGAGUCAAAACAGUUCAUCAACAAUGAAUGAUGUUUAAGAAUAUUUCAAGACAAAUCAACUGAAUAUUUUUCUUAUCUUUAAUUUUUCAUUUAUAGUGUUCCGUAGAUUUUUUUUGUUACUCGUGUUGGAGACUUUGACGAUUUUGUUUAUUAUAAUUAUUAAUUGAUAUUCAUUUUAAUUUAAUUAUUAAUUAAUUAAUUGUUUGGUAGAAACCAUGUAAACUGUGAACAACUUCCAACAAUUUGUACCAUGAUAAUUGUUUAAUAUUUCCUAGCAUGCUUUUAGAAAUAUCAGAAUAAGUUUUCUGAUUUCUCCACGUUACACCCUUAUUUUGAUCCAUUUCAAAUAGACAUAUUGUAGCAUCUCUUGAUAUCCAUAUGAAUAAUUACAAUCACACUGAAUGAAUUAUGAAUUUCGUAUGAUAUCGUAAACAUUUUCUCAAUUCUCUGAAAGCGCUAAUGAUUUCGUUGCAUUUUGUAUUCGAUUGGUCUGCCAAGCUUAUUGGGUUGGUUUCAGUCUAUUGACGUAUAUAUUCAUACCGAAAUUGAAACUUAUACACACACUGAAUUUACAAUGUUUGAGGAAUUCUUAACUCCAUUCGACCUAAUUAUUAACGAUUUUGUAUUAUGAAUGUCUCCAUGGAUCGACCUCGAGGAGGAGACUUUUUUUCUAUACUCUGCUGCGCCAUCUUGAGUCAAGUGUUGAAAUUUUGGUCAAAAAUAUUGAAGGUCUUCGGAAGUAAUAAGACCCAUAUGUUCCGUUUUUGUCUUUAUGUCAUUAUCAUCAAUCGUAGUUUUCUUAAUAAAUUUCAUGUUGAUAAA